GCUCCGUCUUUUUUGUUGUCUCUCUCACUCAUCAUCCCCUUUGGACAGCACCAACCUCAUCGGCUCUAGGACCCCACCCCAACACACCGCGCAAAUCCCUCAAAGCGACGCGCGCGUGUACCCUGUGGGACCCCGCCGCUGGCACGCACAAGAGGUGCAACGCCGCCGUUGUGAUUCGGCCGACUCUCUGCGCAUCACCGCCCACUUCUCCUCACGCCGCAGGCGACACGCAAAAUGGGCAAGCCGACGCUCGCAGAGAUUGACCGGCGCAACAUGGCGCUGUUGGCCUCGUUGCACAACCAGGCCCACCCGCCACAACGGUACAACUACCUCGACCUCAGGCUGCGUAGCAUCCUCGGGGCGAUCGACCCGGCCAACCCGUACCUCCAGUCUGCGUGGGAGCAGUUCGUGGCGGCGGUGGUGGAAGCCCGCGACCAGGCAGCCGAGGAAGCAGCCGAGGCGUCGAGCUCGAACGCCGCCGCAGCAGCAGAGGGGACGCGGACGGUCCGCCGACGCCGGCGAGGCGGUGUGUCCUCCUCGCGAACGGCAGCAGCGCCGUACGCCGACCGCCGACCGCGGGCAUCUGACCUCGCCGAAACGGGGCCGCGCUCAGCCGAUAUUCUCUUCCGCCAUCCCCGCUCGCGCCUUCCUUUCACCCCGCGCGUGGUGGAGACAUUGUCCCGCUCGCGGUCGCCGAGCUUGCCCGAGGAGACGGCCUCGCCGUUCAGCCCACGCCCGGGCCAUGUCUUCCGCCCAGCGCCAGACUCGUACGCUGAGAUGUUUACUGGCGGCCGAGACGAGGCUGCCGCCGAGAGCUCGUCUGAGCCCGUGAGACCAAGAGCCGGCAACGUGCCAUACGACCUGCGCCAGAUCUUCACUGCGGCCGGCACGCCAGCGUCCACGACCCGCCCAACGACUGUCGCGCCUGCCGACCUGCUUGGCCGCGACUCGAGCCGCGAGUAUCGCUCGGCCCCGCCAGACGAGGAGGGGCACGCCGAUUUACAUUCCAUGUUCGCGGACCUGACCGGUGUAACCGGCCCAGGGACGUAUGCCGAGGCCGUUAGGCGGAGUCUCUCGACUGCUCACCCGCUCCACGGACCCCUCCCUCCCCUCCCGGUUGCUGCAGAGUCUUCAUGGGAGGUGUUGGACUUCCAGUCGCGGUCUCCGCCCCUCUACCUCGAUCCCAUGGUCUCUCGCCGGCCAGCCGAGGUCGGCGGGCCUAUCAGCCUCAACGAGGGUAGCAGAGCCUGGGCCGCAGAGUACGAGCGGUCGUCUGCCCGCGCAUCGGCUGCCCAUGCUGGCACGCGUCGUCGGCGUUCAGACGACUAUGAGACGCGGACUAGCCAGAUGCCCCCGCCGACACUGCGGCGCACGCGGAGACGCAUUGGCGAAGGGGACGAUCGGCGCCGUGACUCGAUCCGCGACUCGACGCGCGACACCCGCCGAGACGGGAUAGUGUUUCCAACCGCGUUCGAGGACUACUUGAGUUUGGUCACUGCCGAUGACGAAAGCCGUCCCAUCGAGGACAUGAACCCAAACGGAGCGGCGGUUGCUCAGAUGGCAGCGCUGGCUCAGCUGCAAGGAGCAGAUGAGGCCACAGCGACAGAAGCGGCAACCGCACCUGCGCCGACUACGACCGACCCGACCGCGGCAACCGCCGGCGCCGCGACGAGCGUGGCGGCCUUACCAAACGCGACACAAGCGCCGCACACGACCCACUCUGGCAGUUCGGACCGCCCCAUUGCUACGCUGCCUCGUCGGUUACGCCAACUCGCCGACUAGAGUGGCACCAUUAUCCCGCGAACGGUAAUUCCGUGGCGGCGGCGACAUCUCGUCAGCCCAACCCAGCCAAAGCGAAGAGCGACGACACGUUACAUGCCUCGCUGUCGUUGGGUCUCGCGCGUCCUCCCCGAUCAUUUUGAUGGUCAACCAUGUAGCCAGACUGGCGCGUCACAUGUUUUAUAGAU